UCAAUCAGAGUUCGCGCAGGCAGCAUUGGUUUUCUUGUUGAAUUCUGAGUAAUGGAAGAAAAGGGCAAAGUAGGCGUCGUUGUGUGUUGAAGCCAGGGCUGGAUUCUUUCAUCUCUGCUGAAUUGAUCGUUAACCGCCGAGAAUACUGCUCCAAUCGUUCUCAUUUCAGAAUCUGCGAUUUUCGAGUGAGUUCAUUCAACCAUUGGAAAUUACUGUCUGUUUCUUAAUCAUUGUAAAUGGAAAAAUCCGAGGAAGUAGGGAAAAAUACGAUAAGAACGAGCUCCGAGGAGGAGGAGGAGGAGGAGGUAGAGCGUGAACCUUCCAAUUUUGAAAAUGGCGAUGGAGAAGAUGAGGAAGUUGAAGACGAGGAAGAAGACGAGGAAGAUGAGGAUGAUGAGGAUGACGAUGAGGAGGAACCGCCGCGGAGGAAGCCUAUUUUGGAUGCUUCUAGGUUGAUUGCUCAAAGGUCUAAGUUAGAGAAUCUGGUUGAGCGAAUGAGGAAGGAGAAGGUCAGACUUCGGGUUCAUGAUAUUUUGAUCAAGGGAAACUCGAAGACCAAGGAUUCUCUAAUCGAGGCCGAAGUGGAGGCUAUUAAGAAUGCCUCAACUAUGCAAGAACUGCUGGAGGCCGCGGGCGUAGCCAAUGCCAAUCUCCAGAGGCUCGAGAUCUUCGACUCUGUCAAGAUUACUCUUGAUUCAGGCCCGCCGGAGCUCCCUGGUACCGCAAAUGUUGUCAUCGAGGUUGUGGAGACGGGCAACCCUCUCUCCGGCGAAUGCGGUGCUUACACAAAACCUGCGGCUCGUUCGUGGACUUUUGAAGGUUCUGUUAAGUAUAAAAAUUGGCUUGGAUAUGGGGAUUUAUGGGAUGGCUCUUUGGCCUACGGUCCUAAUCAAACAUCUGAGGUGAGUGCCGGUGUUUAUUUACCUAGGCUGAAGCGAUUGAUGACUCCUUUGGUGGCACGACUAUCCCUACUUUCCCAAGAUUGGAUGGAGUUUUCAUCUUACAAAGAGCGGUCUUUAGGUCUUUCUCUUGGUUUAUAUUCUACUAAGUAUCAUGAUUUGGGAUACAACCUUGGAUGGCGCACCAUAACUGACCCUUCACAGAUGGCAUCUAAUUCAAUAAGGAGACAACUUGGAAAUAGUUUACUUUCUUCUCUAAAAUAUACUUUUAAGGUUGACAAGAGGAAUUCAGCAGUGAGGCCAACUCGAGGAUAUGCUUUUGUUUCUACUAGUCAAAUUGGUGGCCUUGCACCUGAUCACCGGAGCUUGCGAUUUGUCCGCCAGGAAUUUGAUCUACGGUAUGCCAUUCCUUUCGGCUUUGAUCGUGCUGCCAUGAACUUUGGAGUCUCUGCCGGUGUUGUCCUUCCUUGGGGAAAUGGAUUCUUGAACAAGCCAUCAUCCCUUCCAGAACGCUUUUUCUUAGGUGGUGAUUUCUCUCCAGUAUGCACCAUUGGAGGCCCCACAACUGUGUGGGGAUUUAAAACGCGUGGAAUGGGACCAACUGAGCCAAGGCGGGAAGUGAGAGACGAAAAUAAGGGUGAAGACAAUGAUGCUCUUGGAAGGGAUUUUGUUGGAGGGGAUCUUGCAGUCACUGCUUUUGCUGAUCUUUCAUUUGACCUCCCACUUCGCUGGUUAAGAGAACAUGGAAUCCACGGACACAUCUUUGCUGGUGCAGGGAACCUUGCUAAGUUGACAGAGAAUGAGUUUCGUAGUUUCUCUUUUCAGAAGUUCAUGGAAACAUUCCGUACCUCUGUAGGAGUUGGGAUUGUGGUUCCAACAAGACUCUUCCGCCUAGAGGGGAACUUCUACUACAUAUUGAAGCAACAAGAGCAUGAUCGUGGAAAAACUGGCUUUCGGUUUAGCAUUUCUGCUCCAUCAUAAAUAUUGAAUUUUGACGAGAUUUCAUGUCCAGGAGUUACAGAGUAAGGCGGAAGUUAAUUUCUUUCUGGCAAUUUGUUUCAUUUGCUUAUUGACAGCUGCCCUUUCUUAGUUACAAUUUGAACUGGUUGAAAAAACUUCCUUUUACACGUCCAGGGAAGUGACAAAAAAAGGAAAAAGAAAGUUUUGCUUCAACCAUGGAGAAUGGAGAAUAAUUUGAUUUGUGAUGCUGUAUUUGAACAGGUUACGGAAAUUUCCCCUCAAAAUUCGUUCCAUUAACCCAAAUGGGCGGAUAAUUUUCUUCCUCCAUCAAUGAAAUGAGACUUUUUCAUUUCAUAGCU